AUUGGCUGCGCUGAGGGAGUAGCGGAGAACGUUUACAGAACAGCCUUUGAAGAAGGCAGAGUGAAGUAUGACAGAUGAGUCUUGCUCUGCACGCGAUGUUCACCGUUUGCAUAGAUGAAAACACCUCACGACGUACAAGAGCCAUUUCAUCAUUAGAUGGGGAAAGAUAUUCCUGUGAACUGCUUUUAUUUCCAACUGCGCUCAUCGAAUGAUUCAAAGCCCUGCUUGGAUCUAUACUAAACCCAUGGCCGAGCCAGACGUGGAUUAAAACGCUGAAGGCCCCAAUCGGCGCGGAGCGGUUGACGGAGAAGUGCAUUGGUGAUACAAAUCGACAAGAAUACUGUCAUUAAAGCAAGCGAAGAGCGUUUUAAAGAUGAUGGACACCUUGUCCCAGAACUCCAGGCUUGAGUGCCAGAUAUGUUUCAACUACUUCAGCCAAUGGCGCCGUCCUAAACUCCUGCACUGCCAGCAUACCUGCUGCUCCGUGUGUCUGAGCCAGAUGAGGCUCAGCCAGAGAGAGCUCCGCUGUCCUUGGUGUCGUUGCGUGACGCAGAUCCCCAACGGACUUUCCGUUUCCCAUCUUCCAGACGACCCGGAAGUACUUUCCAUUAUCAGUCUGUCACACUCCUCCGAACACACUCCCAUCUUUAUACACUUGCCCAACAGCAGCUGUUACCUGCUGCCCGUCCCUCUGGACACCGAUGAGGCUUUGCUUCCCGGACAGCCGGCGUGCCGGUUUGUCCCUAAAAGUGUUGGGGGGUUAAACGUCUCUGACGGGGGGAGCCUCGGGCUGGGGGACGACGCAGGUGAGGAGGGGAUGGAGGAGGAGGAGGAGGAGGUGGAGGAGGUGGUGGCGGUUAAAAACACGGCUUGGACGGGGGUUUGCACUGUGCUACUGGUGGCAUUCAUUUUGAUUUUUUUGCUUGGGAUCGUGUUGCAUAACAUGUCCUGCGUGUCCAAACGCUUCACUAUUAUUUCCUGCGGGUGAGACGGGUUCAUGAAAUUCACUUGUGAGGGACCGAUUAUUGGUUUGGAAUCUCUUCUGAUUUCAGAUGUGAUUGUGAUCUAUGUAUAUCACAUAGCUAUGGUGACUUGUGUGUGUAUAUAUGAUGGAUGAGAAGAAGGGAAUGAAAGAAGUCAAGGGCACAAUCUAUGCAAUUUGUGGUAUUUCAGAAGUCUUUGAAAGCCCUGAUUUGUUAAUUUGUUGGGAAUUUGUUCAGAUAAUGUGCAGAAAUGUCGUUAAAGAAUCUAGCAGUAUUGACUCUGUAUUUGCAUGUCUUGUAUGUACCUGAGGGAAAUUAACUUGGUCUGUAAUACUACAGUAGAGCUGUGCGUUAUUGACAGUCUGUAGGAGUUUGUGACUGAACACUAAAUGUAGAAAUGAAACUGCAUAUUGCUACAUAAAUGGCUGCACUGCCUUUAAAUGCUGUUUAUUGCUGUGUUGGAUUGCUGUAUGUUUUAAGGUGUUUAAGCUAAGCGGUUUCUUUAAAAAUUCCACAAAUCAAAUGUUUUUAUGGUAAGAAACUGUUCCUUUUUUUUUUUUUUUUUUUACUAAUGGGUUCUGACUUUGCAUUUGAUUAAAAGAGUGAAAACAUCA